CUACAUGCGACUACUGGUGAAGAGGAUUCGUUAGGUAUAGUAGCCAGACUGUCUCUUGUUUAAGUACCUUAUCCAAAAUAUGUCGACUGCAAAACUUCAUGUAAAACCUCGUAAUGUUUACCAAUUGCUACGUGGUGACUUUACAUUACCACUUGCGCCAGUCGCACAGUCAUCUCCUCAUCGUGCUGCCCUGAGCACCUCGAGGAUAAGCAAUUCCAUUGGGUAUCAGACUCGCUCAUAUGCUACUCCAAAAGGCGCAAGGAAACCUCUUCGUCCACCUCCCCGGGCACCCAAGCUUGUUAAAACUCAGCCAAGCUCCAGCCUCCAGACUGAUUUCGACCUCAGUCAAAUCUCACCUAUGGACUUCGAACUGGCUAUGCGAGCGUCCGAGAAUCAAGUUGGUACUCUCAGACCAGACGAGUAUUACGAGUAUGCAUCAAAGUUUUCGAAUGCCAUAAGAAAAGGAGCAUAUCCUUCUCGCGUCAACCUCUCUGAGAACCAAAUCCCAGUCGAGGUUGCACAUGAGAUGGCGUGCUUAUUGUGGUUGUUCAGGAGAAUGAAAGCCCAUAGUUCAUUUUCGAUGGCAUUGUGGGCUUCAGCUUCAGAACUCAACUAUAACCCUGCUGUCGUCUCUCUCGUGAGCCAGCUUUUCGCCAGUGGAUCAUGGCGGAAAAUAACUGCAUUUGCAGAUGUUGAGAACCGCUUCAUGAAGCUCGUAGCUGAAGCGAAGAACUGCAAUGCUCUUACAGUCUAUGGCGAAUACCUGUUCCAAGAUGGAAAGUAUGACCAAGCCGUGGCCAUGUUGAACCAGGCCCUCGACGUUGACGAUGGCGUCUUUGAAUGGAAGCGGAAGUGCCUGACAUGUCUCGCAGAGUCUUAUGCCAAGCUUGGGAAAGUGCAUGAGGCAAAGAAAACACUUGAGUUGCUGGGAGACCCAGAAGCAGACGCCGAGCUUGACCAGUUGCUUCGAUCAAGUGAUGCUGAGAUGACACGUCAACAACUGUACACAGAUGCCGUCAAGGGCAAGCAUGAUUUGUAUUCACAGCUGGCCGAAGUGGAAUUCGAGAGAGAAACCAAGGAGACGGAUGUCGAACUGAAGAAGAAUCACCAUCUAUGGGGUUUGGAGUGGUCGAGACUGGCAGACCCAGGUGCAAAGUUUUAAUGAUAUGGAAAUACAUCAAGGUAAGACUCGGAGGCACCCCCAGCCUUGCAAGGUGACACUAUGUUAUAUCGGACUAACAAUUUGAGCGCCUCUGUAGUGUAUAGUAUGGAACUGACGGUACUGUCUUGAACAACCCUUCUGUUUUGUAUAACCUAGACAGCAACGACGCUCAUGUCUUCUGCUUUUUUGUGGUAUUCUCGUUGGUGUGCCGUCUACCGCUCCGUUUACUCAUUGCUCGAUCCCCAUUUUCGAUAGACUUUAUUCCUUCGCCUUUCUCCUUUGCCUCAUUAUCCUCACGAUCCCCUUCAUCGUCUGCAUCAUCAGCGUGCUUGCCAUUAUCACUCUCAAUAUCGCCUUGAAUCUCCCCACGGCCGGUAGGAAAGAGUUUGCGCCAGGUUCCAUCAAGCGCCUGGCCAUCAUUCCCAUGAAGGCCAACCUGAUAUGCAGUCUUCAUAGCAGAGAUGCACACGUCACGUCUUUUUGCAAAGUCAAACAUUGGUUUUGGAUAUGUUCCCUCCUCGGUACUGUUCAACCCGUCGCCCUUUAUGCGGACACCUGCCUUUUUCUGAUCCGGAAGAGGGGCUUUCCACGGCUCGUAGAUGUACUUGGAGUCCAUAUUUUUGAGCUCUGGCACAUAACGACGGAUGAAAUUUCCUUCCUUGUCCCACUUCUGGCCAAAGGCUAUCGGGCUAUAGCAACGGAAGUACUGGGAAAAGAAGGCUGUACAAGACAGCCACUGCCAGUUGCCAGCAUUACAAGCCGGCUCAUGGUCUAUGAGCCAUUCCUCGAAGACCUCACAACCUCGCUCCCAGUCGAUAUAGCAACCGCCCCUUGUCAGAAAGCAGGCAACCGCAUGUCGUCCCAGGUGGUGUAUCCAGCCUUCAUCUUUUAGCUGUCUCAUCAAGGCAUCUAUCCAGGGGAACCCGGUCAUUCCAACUCUCCAUCUUCUAAACCAGAUCUCUGCCUCCUCAGAGUCAAUGUGAUACUCUCCAGUAAUGAGUCCCGUUUCCGAAUCUCUCUUGGAGGGCAAGUGCCAGGGAAUGAAACGACAAUACGGAUUGUUCGCCGUCUGCGAGAAGACAUAACCCAAAGCAGCUUGAGCGGCAAAGUACAUGUCUCUGAAAAGUAGUUGGCCAAUGAGACUUUCUGGAGGGGUUGAAGCACCCUUUCCAUAGGAAUCGACGAUUUCCCUUACUCGCCAGUAGAACAAACGCACAGAAAGCGCCCCGAAGUGCAAAAAUGGCGAGAGGAGAGUGGUAGCUUGUGGCUCGAAUUGAGCUGGAUUCGUUUUGGGUUUCUGGAAAGUUGCAGUGUAUUUCUUGUCUGCAAUUAGCUUGUUGAGUUCUUUCAACGCUCGUGUUUCUCCUCCACGAUGGGGUGUGGUCGCAGGUGGGAAGCCCAGUUCCUCCAUUGUUUCAAUGGCAAAGUCAUCGUUUGGCCCCGCUAUCCUGGUGUAAGCUUUAUCUCCUUCUGUUCGAAAUCCUGCAUUGAAAUCUGGCUUGGUACUCGGUUCGUCCUGCUCAAAGUUGACGGGCAUGUCUCCUGGAUCCGGAAGAUGCUUGGGAGCAGGAAUGGGUUUCCGGAUCUCACCAAGCUUGCUCCCUGCAGCUUGAAGCUGCGUGAUAGACAUUGUUGGCUUUCCGCCAUGCUUCUCGACUAUCUGGUCACUAUCCCACAACGUCCUGCCCGAACGGACAAGUACUUCGACACCGGCAUCUUUAGCCGCCUGGACGACAACGCUAUCUCUCUCGCGACCAUAACUGUCUGUGUCUUUUUCGAAGACCAGGUGAGUGACCUUCCAUGCCUUGAAGAGUUUGGGAAACAGAGUUUGUGGUGCUUCUCUGAGAACAAAGAGUUUUGACUUGGGGUUCACCUGUGAAAUAGAUCGGGAGAGGUCAUUCUGGCAAUCCAGGCUUUACUUCGUCAGAACAACUGCAUAUCAACGAGCAACUUUUCUCUCUCUCUUUCUUACAGAAACUGCC